AUGGGGGAGCUCGGAAAUAAAAAGAAAGGGAAACCCGACGCAGACGAACGGGGAAACAAGGGGAGACAGAAGAACAAACAACAAAGACACGAAGGGUGGCGCGGAAAAAAAGGGAGUGGAAAAUCCACGAAACCACCAAAACACAUACCGAGAAAAACGAAGGGCAACGAACGAAAAAACGAAGGAAAAAAUCCCAAACAAGACGAACGGGCAACAAUAAAACACAGACAGAUCUCGACGCCCAAAAGGCGGGGGGGGGAAAUCGCUCAACCAAGACAAACAGAACAACCCAAAAGAAAAACCACCCGAACCGCACAGUGGAACCAGCGGACGAGCCACCAACACACAAAGACGAAACGCAGAAGCUACAGAAGACAGCCAGAGAAGCCCCAAGAGCUGAGAGAGCUGGGCAGGGGGGGGGUGGGGGGGGGGUGGAAGAAGAUAGGACGAAACAGCCGAACAAACACCAGAACACCCCCCCACACAAGCCCACGCCGACCCCGCGGGGGCGAGGAAGGAUAA